AUGUUCUCCGAAUUCUUGCCGUCUUUGAACAAAGCGCUCCCCGCGGGCGGGCUCUUGCAAUGGGCCAUGUUGUUGUUCGUUUUCCUGCACUCUCUCCGUUACCUUUUACUCGUGGUUUACGCUAUUGUUAGUCUUGUCUGGGUGAUCCCCAAACUCGUGCUUCGUUUCUAUCUUUUCAUUGAAGACGUGUACGAUGGACUCAUGAUCUGGUGGAUGAAGAAGCAGAACAAUUGCACUGUUCUCUUUACCGAAUACGCUGAACGCAGGCUUCAGCGCAACGAGAAAAUCAACCUGUGGUACUUCCAGUGGUGUGCUCAGCAGCGCAAGCUCAGACACUUCUGCGAGGACUGUGUGGACGGGUGUGCAUUGGCUGUGAAGGCUAUCUACACUACGGUGAAGCCACCUUUUGUUAUUGUUUCGAACUUUGGUUCCAAGUGCUACCGCUAUGUGUCGCCGCGUUUGUUGGGCUGGCUCUACCAAGUGUGGGCCAUGCUUAUUUGCGGACUCGACCGCAUCGGGGCCAUGAUUCUUCCGGUUGUUCUGGUGGCCGCGUGGGUGAUUAAGCUCGCGGGCACCGCUGUUCACGUUACUGGAUACUUUGUUGGGUACGCGGUGGUUCUAAUCGCUGCCCCUUUUGUUUACUCGGCUGGCAGAUGGAUCUUUGGCAAGGCGGACGUUGCUGAGCCAGAGGAAGAAUCCGAACGCCAACGCUGCCGGGUGGUACGGUAUGACAUCUCUAUCAACCUCAUGCAGCGUGUUAUUGAGCGCCGUGCCGUGCAACUGGACAACGCCCUUGUGAUUGGCGACAGCCAAAGGGUCAGCGUUGCUUGGCAGUGUGGACGGGAACUCUGGGACUUGGUUCGUACUCUGGAGAUUCCCAUCCCCGGUGUUGACGCUUCGAUGGUGUACAAGGUUUUUGAACUGCUUUUUGCCAAGCUUGCGGACUGUGGGAUCUUUGUGGAGACCGACGACGACAACAGUGCCUGGUUCAAGACCAUUUUGUACCUUGCAGUUGUGCUGCAGGCCAAGAUGAUGUACCUUGCUUCCAUCGGUGUUUAUUUUGAUGACUCGUUUGUGCCGCGCGCGUUCCACUUGCAGACCAAUGCUGGAUACAUCGACUGCGAGUUUGUGCCGCGUCCGUUCCGACUCCUGGCCAGAAACCGCACCAACUACUCGUUCGUGCCGAUCCGUUUCCGUCUUCAGGCCAGACCCCGUGCCGACUACUCGUUCGUGCCGAUCCGUUUCCGUCUUCAGGCCAGACCCCGCGCCGACUACUCGUUCGUGCCGAUUCCGUUCCGACUCCUGGCCAGAAACCGCACCAACUACUCGUUCGUGCCGAUCCGUUUCCGCCUUCAGGCCAGACCCCGUGCCGACUACUCGUUUGCGCCGCGUCCGUUCCAUCUUCAGGCCAGACCCCGCGCCGACUACUCGUUCGUGCCGAUUCCGUUCCGACUCCUGGCCAGAAACCGCACCAACUACUCGUUCGUGCCGAUCCGUUUCCGCCUUCAGGCCAGACCCCGUGCCGACUACUCGUUUGCGCCGCGUCCGUUCCGUCUUCAGGCCAGACCCUGCGCCGACUACUCGUUCGUGCCGAUUCCGUUCCGACUCCUGGCCAGAAACCGCACCAACUACUCGUUCGAGCCGCGCGCCCUCCAGCUUGGGGGUGCCACCACCUGA